ACAAGCAUGAUGAGAGAUGAAUCGGACACCAUCUAUCCAUGUUCGCUUCUUAUGCACCAUCACCAGCAAACAAUUUCAGUACAUGCUUACGAGAUGAAGCAUGAUUCCUCGCUUCCAAGGGAAUCCUUCUCCUCCCGCCUAUUCCUGAUCAUAUCCUAUGUUCUUCUGUUCCAUUCCUCCAUUGGUGCAGUCCAGGCUCAAAGUGGGGAAUUCAUGGGAUCCAAUUGCUCCUCGGUUGAUUCAUACGCAGCCAGCAGCGCUUUCGAGACCAAUCUUAAUACCCUCUUCUCCUCUCUUAGCUCCAAGUCUUCGAAUUCCAUUUCUGACAAAGAUACUGAAGGAGAGGACCCUGACCUCGUAUGUGGACUCUUCCUCUGCCUCGGAGACCUGUCUCAUGAAUCCUGCCAAGCCUGCAUCCAAACUGCGAUCUCCAGGAUCGCCCACGAUUGCGCCUAUAGACGUCAAGGUUUUAUCUGGUACGACAACUGCCUGCUGCGCUACUCGGACCAUAACUUCUUCGGAGUCGUCGAUGCGAGUGGAUCCAGCGCCGUCAAUCCUGCUGGUCCAAAAGAAUUAUCAACCGAACCUUGGGAGAAGAUGUCCAAAAUUGUUGAAGAGGCUCCCUACCAGCCUCUGAAGUUUGAAACCUUCUCUUUGGGCCCAGAUCCUGUAUUCGGGAUGGCACAGUGCGCGUCCGAUCUCAGCAGCCAAGGUUGCAAGCAGUGCUUGGCGACAGUCUUGGCUGCCAUCAAAGCUUGCUGUGCUGAUAUACAAGGUUGGCGUUAUGUGAGUCCUAGUUGCUGGAUAAGGUGUGAGCAUUCCUUCUUUCUGCUGCCAGCCAACCCAGAUAAUAGAAUUUGGAGCUUCAAUUGCACCGGAGGCAUGUACGAUGCCAACAGCACCUACCGGAUUAAUCUUGGCAACCUCUUUUCAUCACUAAUUUCCAAAUCGCUGUCCUCCGAAUCGGAUAAUGACACAACUGGAGACGAUCCUGACCAUGUCUAUGGUCUCUUCCUCUGCCAAGGAAGUCUGUCUGCUUCUGACUGUCAGAAUUGCAUAAGAAGUGCUACCAGCGACAUCCAGCUUCUUUGUUCGAGGACUCAAGGCAUUAUUUCGUAUGACUACUGUCAGCUGCGCUACUCCAAUGUAAGCUUCUUCGGUGUCGCAGAUCCGGAGGGCAUCUUCAUGACCAACCCUAAUAUCAGUGCCCAAACCAAUUCAACUAAACCAAUGGAUAUGGUUUCCAAACUGGUGCAAGAGGCUCCCAACAGGCGGCCCUUGAUGUUUGCAUCGAAUUCGUCGCCCUCAGCAAGUUUGUUCGGAAUCGCGGAGUGCACCAUGGAUCUCAACAGCACGGAGUGUGGGAGGUGCUUAAAAACGAUCUUGGAAGACAUCAAGGCUUGCUGUAUCAAGUCAGAUGGCUGGCGCUACCUCAGUCCUAGUUGCUGGAUAAGAUACGAGUCAACCACCUUCUUCGAUGUAUAUCUUGCACCUCAGCCUACACCUGGCGGCGGCGGCGGCGUUGGCGCCGCGGCGGCGGCGUUGGCAGCGGCGGUGAUUUUUUUCUUGCUCACUCGAAAAUGUUUUAGUUAA